UUUCUUUUCCGGAACAAUAUACAGCAGUAAAUUUUGUUUUUAGUCGGCGUAAUAUAAUUUCCUGUAGCAACAUGUUGUAUCCGACAGAGCAAAUACAUGACUUAUGCCAUUGAUUUUAGUCAUACCAUGGGGCCUACGAGAGUAGUUCAGGCUCAGCAGUGGUUCUUGGGAGUUCUUGGCAUCACUGUUGUCUUAGUACUGGUUUAUAGUACUCGAUACGAUGGGACGAUGAAGCUAGAACCCAAACCCCCGCCCAUAAUGCCGAAUCCCGACCCCAGGAAAAAAGUGACCGUCACAUUCUGGGGGAGAAAUGGUAACCAUAUGUUUGAGUAUGGUACACUUAUAGGAGCAGCUAGGAGGAACAAUAUGACUCCCAUUCUAGUGGAGUCCACAACAAUCUGGAAUAUGUUUAAAUUACCAAUACCAAAAGGCAGUGUAGAAAAUUUAGACACUUUCAAGCGAUACAGAGAACAGCUUCCCUCUGGUUGGUGUAAUAUGACAGAGCAAUUAGACACAUCGCAGGGAGCUUAUUUAAUGGGGUAUCUACAAUCCUGGAGGUAUUUUGAAAAUGUUCGUAAAGAAUUGCUUAAAGAACAUUUUGUUUUUCAUGAUCAUCUGAAAAAAGCUGCCAUGGAUUAUAUUAACAAUGUCAGAAAAGAACGUAAGAAACAAGAUGCAGUGUUAGUUGCAGUGCAUGUGAGAAGAGGGGAUUUCGUACGACAGAAAAGAAAGGGAUACACAGUCGCCCCAAUACCUUACUUUUAUAGAGCUAUGAGUUAUUUCAGGAAAAAAUACAAAAAUGUACUGUUUAUCUUGUGUAGCAAUGAUGUGAUAUGGUCGAUGGAUAAUUUAGACGAUUCACCUGAUGUUCAUUACUCACACAACACGGAUGGGUAUUUAGACUUUGCCAUCAUGUCUUCCUGUGAUCACAUGGUGAUGAGUGCUGGGUCGUACUCCUGGUGGGCGGGGUACAUGACGGGGGGAGAGGUCAUCUAUUAUCAUGGUUACCCACAGCCAAACACCGUCAUGGGGAACAACACAAUAAGAAAGGACUACUACCCUCCAUGGUGGAUCCCACUCUAAGCUUCAUCAAUUUCUGUACUUUGUUUUUUAUCAUCUCUUUAAGACAGUAUGUUUGUAUUUGUGUUUUAUUGUCUCUCCAGUUCAUAAUCAUUAUUUACUUCCCCUUGUUGCCAAUGAGUCAUUAGUUAUUCAGUAAACAAACUAUACUAAUAAGUGGUACUAUGUAAAUAUGAAGUAUGUGUAGCUGAUAUGAGGAACAAACUGCUUUGUAAGACGUGUCCAUUUUUAGCUCACCUGAGCCGAAGGCUCAAGUGAGCUUUUCUGAUCACAUUUUGUCCGUCGUCCGUCCGUCUGUCCGUCCGUCUGUCUGUCCGUCUGUAAACUUUCCACAUUUUUGACUUCUUCUCAAGAACCACUGGGCCAAUUUUGACCAAACUUGGUACAAAGCAUCCUUGGGUAAAGGGGAGUUUAAAUUGUUAAAAUGAAGGGCCACAAUUCCUUA